AUGGAAUCCUUUUUUUACACGACAUUUAUCGUUAGCCCGACCACCCGUUCUCUCAUUCUCUCACGAAGCAUCCUCCAGCAACUCCCUGCGACGAACAAUGUCUCUGUUUUCCGCUUCUCCCCCGCCGCGGAAACCAUUUUUAUUUGCCGCAGUAUGCGCUUCAUAAUCUUUGUCGACUCCUCGAAUGUCAGACUUCUUCUUCCUCUUCCCUCACUGCCCAUUCCCGCAAUCACCCUAGCCGAAUGUUGCCUCGCUUUCUUGUCGGAGUUUCUCCUCAGGAUAGAGAUCGCCUUUGUGCUUCCAUCGACUAGGGCUGACAGGUGGAAAUGGACGAUUAAACGAUCGACAAACCCGCCAAGAAUUGUCUGGAAGCGUUGGAAGAGGAAAGAGGCUGAGGCUAAAAGAGAGGGACGAUUAUUUAUGGGGCUGGAUAGUGGUGCGUCCGUGCCAUGCAUAGACAGUACCUCGUUCCAUUCGGCAAACGAAUGGUUCAUUUUCCGUCCGCAAAUGUACGGAAAUGCCGUUCUCGAACGGCAUUUCUUAAUAUUCGUCGAUAUCGAAAGAUAA